AUGAUUUCUCCAUUUCCAUUGAUAUCGGUAACACAACAAGUUCCUGACGAUGUCAUGGAGUGUGUAGUUAUCAUUCAAAAACAUUUGUUUCAGUCAGUUCAAUUGAAAGAUCCAACUAUUUGCGCAUAUGCGUUUCAAUAUUUCAUCAAAACAGUCAAAUCAUGCUCUAUCGACCCGAUAAAUAUAGUUAUCCGUGCUAUUGCAGCACUUCAUUUAGCUUCAAAAGUCUGCGAAGAAGCAAAAUUACUUAGUCGAAUAGUUUACGCUCUAGAAGACUGCAAACUUAAGGAAAAUCUCAUUUCUUACUUCAACCGUCUUGGAAUAUACCAACAAAUCUUAGAUAUGGACCCUCAAGUUUUGAUUGAAUAUUCAAAAAUUGCAGAACUCGACAUCAUUCAAGACCUUGAGUUUGAUUUUUCUAUUGAUCUCCCUUACAAUUAUAUCAAAGACUUCACCAAUACAGUUAUUCAUUGGCAUUUAAACAAAGAAAAUGAAUAUUAUACCAAAAUCAUUGACGAAACAUAUAAAACAUCACUUAUCUUCUUAAAUGAUUUACAGAUGUCAUACGUAUUCUACAAAUUUCCUCCUAAAGUUAUUGCACAAACAGCUUUACGCUUAUCAUUCCAUCUUUUACAUCUUACACUUCCAGAUUUCCGCAAUACUCGAUGGUACUCACUUCUUACACCAGAAUAUCCCAUACCAUUGCUUGACCAAUGCACAGAUUUAUCAUAUAAUUAUUUUGUUAAGCGUGGCCUUGACUUUGCAACUCGUAAGAAGCAUAUUUUCCCGAAGAACUUGCUUAUGGAAUGGAAUGCCCUACCUAUUGUCAAUCAAAUAUCAGCAGAACCUCUUUGUCCUCCUCCUCCGUUGAAUUUGUUGAUAAAUUUUACAUCAUUACACGACGAAUUUUCAUCUAUUUGGUCCGACCAUGUUCCCACAAUUCCUCCUCCAUUGCACAGCGAACUUGAAUCCAGUUACAAGGCGUUUUCACAGAAUGAAUCUAAAUCAUACCGAUCUCCAUCAGUUAAGAUCACAAAGAUCACUAAAUUCGGUAUAGAACACAAGAGAAUCACAUUGUGUCCUCAAAAUCGAGAGAACAUUUCAAAUAUUCCAACUGCGAGUUUGUUUGUCAACAACGAGGACCUUCUUAACAAAGACCAGGGACAGAUCCAUGUACAGAAAGAUAAAGUCCAGCCUCCAAAAACGAACUAUUCGAGUGAAGUUUCUACUCCAACCGAAUUUACAGAUUUUCUUCAGAACCACAGAUAG